UGCUACUAUGAAAGUUCCCAUUUUCAAAACGAGUGCUCUCAAUGGCUUCCUUGCGGGUGGAGAAACAGCACUACCGUUACUGGUGGAAGUUCUGAAGGAAGGGUUUGAGGUGGAAUACGAUCGAUCGUUGCCGGUUGCCUGUACUGGGUGUGAGCACUCAGGCGGAAGAUGCGGCUCUAAUAGCACCUCCCGGUUUGUCUGCUUUUGCCGUGACGGAGUGCGAUCUCUUGAGUGUGUUCCAAACAACUCAGACGGCCAGAAGGUCAGCAGAUUGAAAGUGAUGAUAAUAGCAUUUGCCAGUUUAUCUAUUGUAAUUGGAGUUCUGAUAAUUGGCCUCUGCUUCAAGAGAAAGUUUACAUCCAUUAAUAUCAUUCAUUUUUUCGAGAAGGAAAAUCCAACCCAUCAAAGUGUGGAGACAUUUCUAAGGAAUAAUGGACCAUUUUCAAUAAGAAGAUACAGUUACUCAGAUAUCAAGAAAAUGACCAACUUUUUCAGAGAUCAAUUAGGCCAAGGAGGCUAUGGUUGUGUCUACAAGGGAAAAUUACAAGAUGGUUCUUUUGUAGCAGUGAAAGUUUUGAAAGAAUCAAAAGGAGAUGGAGAGGAAUUCAUUAACGAGGUUAAGAGUAUUAGUAGGACCUCCCAUGUCAACAUUGUUACUCUUAGAGGCUUUUGCUUCGAGGGUUCUAAAAGAGCUCUCAUUUACGAGUUUAUGCCUAAUGGAUCUCUCGAGAAGUUCAUAUACCGAAAAGCUCCACCAAAAGUUGAUCAUCAUCAAUUGGGAUGGGAAACAUUAUACAUGAUUGCAGUUGGCAUAGCUCGAGGAUUAGAGUACUUACACAGAGGUUGUAACACACGAAUCUUGCAUUUUGACAUCAAGCCUCACAACAUUCUUCUGGAUGCGAACUUCUGUCCAAAGAUUUCUGAUUUUGGCCUUGCAAAAAUAUGCCCUAGAGAAAAUAGUAUCAUAUCAAUGUCGGGUGCAAGAGGCACCGUGGGAUAUAUAGCUCCAGAAGUAUUUUGUAGAAAUUUUGGAAGGAUCUCACAUAAAUCCGAUGUUUAUAGCUAUGGAAUGAUGAUUUUAGAAAUGGUUGGGGCUAAAAAUAAUAUAGAUGUUGAGACUGAUCAUACCAGUGAAACAUACUUUCCACAUUGGAUAUACAGACACCUUGAACUAGAUAAAGAACUAUGGAUGCAAGGUAUCAUAAUUGAAGAGGACGAACAAAAUAUAAAGAAGAUGCUAAUAGUGGGUUUGUGUUGUAUACAGACCGACCCGUCAAAUCGUCCAACGAUGAGUAGAGUUGUGGAUAUGCUAGAAGGAAGCCUUGACUCUUCGCAAAUCCCACCGAAGCCUUUUUUGUCUUCCACAUCACGAUCUCUAGGUGAUUCUUCGAGUACAGUGGCUCUCCAUUAUGAUUCUAUUAUACCCUGAAAAAUAUCUUUUUCUUAGAAAAUGAAAUCUUAAUCCUUGGUAGUAACCUUGUAUUCGUCACUUAUAUGAUGUUUUAGCUUGUCAAAAGACCUUACCAUGGAAGAAAAUUAUAUUUGAUUGCCUCAAAUAUGCAAUAAUACCUAGUGAAUGGCUCCCAUGACAAAUUUAUAAUUCUUUGAGUCGAUCUUGGUAAGUUGUAAUCAUGUCCUUGUGUAAAUGAUAUUCCCUACAUAAUCUUAUAUAUAUAGGUAGUUCAAAUAACCAUAAAAGCACCACAAAGUGAUGGGAAGAGUACUACAGGUUAGUUUUGAGGAAUAUAUGAUAAUAAUUUACUUUAGGAUUUCAAGAAUGUAUAGGCACAGUAUAAGGAUACUUUUUGUUGU